CGCCGGACGGACCGUUUAUCCCCGCGAGCCCGCCGCACAGCGCCAUCCUUAUCACCGCGACGAACGUAUUAUCAGUGAUCUGUGAAACUAAAGUGAUGUGAUUCGUACAACUGUAUUGUACUCGAGUAACUUGAGAUAAAAAUUAAGUGCGGUUUAAUCCGAUAACUGAGUGUUGUGUCACGUGACGUCCUCGGGGACUCGGGAACGAGUAGUUUUUCUUGUUUGCAACUUGCCGAUAGUUCAUAGACUUAGUGCAAAUACAGUGCAAAUAUAAUGUGAGAAUCAUGGACGAGCAAUCAAGAAGAGUGACAGAGAAGGGACGAUAUGGGAUGAGAGAGUGCGAGUGAGUUGGCACGAUGGCAACGAAGAUGCUGCUCUCUUUACUGCUGCAUUGCUUCUAUGUGACCACCGCUUCGAGUCCCGGGACUGGUGUCGGUGUCCUCUCGGGUGUGAACGGUGGGGGGGACCGGGUGGAGCGGCCGUACUUUGACGACGUGUCCCCCAGAAAUGUCUCUGCUGUUGUGGGGCAGUCUGCUGUGCUCCGGUGCCGCGCUAAGCAUAUAGGGAAUCGAACUGUAUCCUGGAUGAGGAAGCGGGACCUCCACAUCCUGACCUCCCACAUCUUCACGUACACUGGAGACGCGAGGUUCAGCGUGCUACACCCAGAGCCCUCUGACGACUGGGACCUGAAGAUAGACUAUGUUCAGCCUAGAGACGCUGGUGUUUAUGAGUGCCAGAUAAACACAGAACCGAAGAUUAACAUGGCCGUUGUGUUAAAUGUUGAAGAUGAGUCUUACACCCCCGCGCCCCAGACACCGCCCCGCUCAGCGGCUGCGGCUACAAUCUGGGGCUCUCAAGAUGUAUACGUGAAGAAAGGCAGCACGAUAUCAUUGACGUGUUCUGUAAAUGUGCAUUCUUCGCCGCCUUCAAGCGCGUCUGUGCUAUGGUACCACGGCAACGCAGUGGUGGACUUCGACUCCCCCCGCGGCGGCAUUAGCCUGGAGACGGAGAAGACGGAAGGCGGCACAACCAGCAAGCUGUUGGUCACUAAGGCUGCGCUGACAGACUCGGGGAAUUACACGUGCGUUCCGAAUAACGCGCACCCGGCGUCUGUGUCCGUACAUGUUCUGAAUGGUGAACAUCCAGCUGCUAUGCAGACGAGCAACCGCGCGUCCUCCUACCUCACGUCUCAGCUGAGCUGCGCCCUCCUCACCUACCUCCUCUCCUCCAUGGCCUGCAGAUGAUCACUCCACGAUCAGAUGUGAUGAGAUGGAACUGUUGUUGACCUUUGUGUUGUGUACAUGUUCUGAUGUCUAUGGCAAGUCUGAAUAUACGUAUG